AUGUCGAACCAGGCUGUGGGAAACGUCUACCAGACGAUCAUCGAAGAGGUGAUCAACAGCUCGCGAGUCGACUUCGAAGAGAGCGGUGUUGAGGAGGCCGUCCUGGAGGAGCUGCGAUUGGGAUGGCAACAGAAGCUGUCUCAGCUCGACGUGGCUCGGUUCCCGUGGGAUCCCAAGCCCGAGCCCGCCCCACCGGCUGCGUCUGCUCCGGCUCCUAAUACAGCCACGCCUGUUCAGACACAAGCUCAGUUUUCAACACCGCUGUCGUUGCCGACGGCGAGCCCUCCUGGCGGCUUGCCACAAAACGGCAUCAAGCAAGAGUCUUAUGUGAAGCCAGAACCAGGCAUCAAGCAGGAGCCCGGCGCCCAGCAGCCCGGCCUCUACCAGAAUUACAAUGGAAUGGAAAACAAGAACAGCGUUGCUGCCAAUAGAGCCGCCCAGCAACUCCAAGCUCAAUAUGGAAUGAGAGCGGCAGGUUCUAUCAAUGCCAUCCAGGACCGUAUGGGGCAGCAGCCUCAAGCACAACAACCGGGCCAGGGGGCACCCGUCCUGCCGCAGCAGCCGCAGCAGAUGCCUCAUGAACAGUCGAUGGGCAACGCUCAGGUUGACGGUGCAGGCGACGGCAUGAUGGAAGAUUCCGAUGACGACGAAGAGACCUUUGAAGGCGUUCUCCUGAGAAAUGGAGUCAAUGGCAACCCAGAGGAACUCGGAAGAGUCGACAUUGAUCGUAUCCUCCACGACCAAAUCGCCGCCAAGGCCAAGAGCAUGGAGGGAGGCGGUUUGAUGCUAUCUCUGAAAGAAGCCACCAAAAAUCAAUCCAAGUCGACCGCCAGCAAGAAGUCGAGGGGCAAAGGAAAGGCUCCCGCUGGCGUGGCCGCUUAUGACGGCGGAGACGAUGACGAGGACAUUGACGAGGACGCCAUCAAUUCCGAUUUGGAUGACCCCGAUGAGGAUCGAGAUGAUGACGAGGUUGAUGACGAAGGCCUCGGCCACAUCAUGCUUUGCAUGUACGACAAGGUCCAAAGGGUCAAGAACAAGUGGAAGUGCACCCUCAAGGACGGCGUCCUUACCGUCAACGGCAAGGAGUACGUCUUCAACAAAGCAACCGGCGAAUACGAAUGGUAG